GACAGUGCAGAGACAGAGGUGGACAGCAAUAAGUGCUGUACUUUAUGUAAUAUGUUCUUCACGUCGGCCAUUGUGGCCAGUCUCACUACCAGGGCAAGACACAUGCCAAAGAGUACGACUGGUACUGGAGAAACACCCAGCUUACCUACUGCUACCAACAGCCCUACCACCACAGACUCAUCCCCCUCCACCCCCCAGCCCAGCGACUCCACCCCUGCCCCUCCUUCCCUACCACAGCCCUCCUCUCUAGCACCCCCGGUGGCGGUGGUGGGUAGUGGUGGUGGGAGUGGUGAGACAGGGAAGUACUGCUGUCUGUGUGGAGCAUGGUUCAACAACCCUCUGAUGGCCCAGCAACACUAUGAGGGGAAAAAACAUCGCAGGAACGCAGCCAGAGCACAACUACUGGAGCAGCUAGCUGGCAGUCUGGACGCUACCGAAACUACAGGUCUCCGCAGCAGAUACUCCUGCAGUGUAUGUAUGUGUUUGUUGAACUCCAUUGAACAGUACACGCACACCUCAGGGCUGCCAAGCACAGAACAAG